AUGUCCCUUCAUGAAAUUGUUGGAUGUGGAGCACGUCCAUACCCACCAAGUGGCUUGGAAUCCGACAAUUGCACGAUUUGGUUCAUGAGCGAUCAUAGCGCAGCCGAUCCAAAGGAAACAACCCAGGUCGUGCACCUCGUGGUAUUCUGUGGUUUCGUGGGCAGUGGCAAGACAUCGUUGGCAGUAGAAGCUGCCAAGACAUGGCCAGGUGAAUGGGAUCGAUGCUGUCAGGAUGAAAUGAAGUCACGCCAAAGUGUUGAGCGGCGCGCACGUGCUUCCUUGCUGGAUGGAAGGCAUGUCUUGAUUGACAGAACCAACAUGGAUCGACAGCAGCGGGCUAUAUGGCUCUCUCUUGCUGCAGAUGUGCGUCAAGUGCGCUCCGUCGUGACUUCCUUGAUCCAUGUCGACGUGCCGCCAGAAAUAUGCUAUGAGCGUCUCUUGCACCGGCAAGGCCAUCCAACGCUCCGCACGCCAGAGCAGGCUCACAGGUACGUGCACAGCACCAUGAAUUGA